GCUAUUUUGUUUUAUUGAGGUUUUUCCUUUCAUAAUCAUAUUUCCUUCUUUCCCCUCCAGGCUUCCACCACAACAAAAGAGUUCCCGUAAGGGCGGAGCUAAACUUGGAAUCUUCCUCCAUUUCUUCACAGUCCUUGCUCCUACCCACCCACCCACGCCAGUAUAUAUCGUGAUUACUGAGCGUAUGGAGAGUAGAAUCCCACCGGGAAGUUACUUCCAGUACUCUCCGUCUGGGGUUCAUGGUUCACUUCAAAGGUCUUCGUCUCUUACAGAUCGCGAAAGAUAUUUGGCAGAUUUACUGGCAGAGAGGAAAAAAUUAGCACCAUUCAUGCAGAUUCUCCCAGUUUGCAGCAGACUUCUAAAUCAAGAAAUCAUGCGAGUAUCAGGAUUGAUAUCUAAUAAGCUAAUAGAACUCGAAAGAAUGGGACAUGAUAAUCCGUAUAGGUCAUUGGGUCAACAGCCAAAUGGAGGACCAAUGAGUGUAAUGGCAUGGAAUGCCAUGCAAACUGAGGAAGAUAAGCUCCUUCAGAAAAUGGCUCCGUUUCAACCAUCUUCUCUAAACUGGAAUGCAGUACCUGGUACAAGAACCACUCCAGUUGUGAAGAAGGUUAUCCGACUGGAUGUUCCUGUGGAGAAAUACCCAAGCUAUAAUUUUGUUGGCCGAAUUUUGGGACCGCGUGGAAACUCUUUGAAAAGGGUUGAAGCUAUGACAGAAUGUAGAAUAUAUAUUAGGGGUCAGGGCUCAGUGAAGGAUACUCUUGAGGAAGAGAAACUAAAAGACAAACCUGGAUACGAGCACCUAAACGAACCACUACACAUCUUGGUGGAGGCCGAAUUUCCCGAGAACAUCAUAGAUGCCCGCUUGGAUCAUGCAGUAGCUGUACUUGAAAAACUCUUAAAACCUGUGGAUGAAUCCAUGGACGUUUACAAGAAGCAACAGCUGAGAGAGUUGGCUAUGCUAAAUGGUACUCUUCGGGAAGAAAGCCCUAGCAUGAGCCCGAGUAUGAGCCCAAGCAUGUCUCCUUUUAACAGCAAUUGCAUGAAACGAGCCAAAACAGGAUUGUAACACUGCACGAUAACUAAUGGCAUCUCUUGUGAUAUCGAAGUUGCUAGCUUGAAAUUAACAUUCCAAUGAUAUGCGUAAAAGUUGCUCUCGAUACGAAUUCAGCCAAAUUCGUUUGGGAUGGAUUAGAAUGACUCCGUGCUGUGCUUCUGCUCACGAUGGUGGGAACUGAGACAGAGAAUGCUUCAUUUCAAGUAGAUUGAAGAAAAUUUUGCUCUACUUAUGACAGUCUAUAUAUAUAUAUAUUAAUGCACCACUGCCUUAUUUAGAUUGUUAUAAGCGUUAUACAUUCGUUGCCGUAAUGUCAUUCUUGUGCUCCGUUACUACUGUCUUCAAUGGCUAAAUAGCCUACAACAUUUUAAGAUAUUUGAAGAUUUCUAUUUCCUGCGUUCAAUUCUGGCAGACUUCAUUCAGAAAACAUGUUUGAGUAAUGAUAUAUUUUGUUUUGACCUUUGAA